GCUCUCUCCCGCACUCCUCUCUGGCGCUCGUUGGCUGGUGUGUGUUGUAGUCUGAUUGCGUAGAGGCGAUGGCGGCGGUGCGUAGUUUACAGGUGUCAGUCAAGCCAGAUACCGGGUCGGAUCGGUCCGAGUCGGACUCCGAAUCCGAACCGGACCGGGACCUCCGCGAACCGGAGCCCAUGGAAGUUGAAGAGGGGGAACUGGAGUCGAUCUCGGUCCAGCGGUCACUCAAAGACCUGCUGCCGGACACAAGCCGGCGUUAUGAAAACAAAGCUGGCACGUUCAUCACAGGGAUCGAUGUCACGUCCAAGGAAGCUGUGGAAAAGAAGGACCAGAGAGCCAAGCGCUUCCAUCUGCGAGCCGAGGAGAAUCUGGCCCAGAGGAACGUGGUGCUGGAUCGGGAGACGAUAAAGAAAGCCGUCCCGCGAGUGCGGUUGGAGGCGGUACACAUGACUGGCGUGGAAGAGAUGAGCACGCAGGACAUUUUCGGGUACUACAAGGAGUACCCCCCCGCUCAUAUUGAAUGGAUCGACGAUGCCUCAUGUAACGUGGUGUGGCUGGAUGACGUGACGUCGACCCGAGCCCUGAUCAACAUCAGCCGCAUGCCGGACCUGGAAACGGAGGCCAGCAAGAUGAGCCCGGUGAAGAGCCAGCCGGAGACCAGCGGGAGAGAUCGGAGAAGUCAGGACUCUGACGAGGAGACAGAGGAGGGGGAGGUGGACGACGAGAGUGUGAGCGAGAGCGACGGGAAAGCGCGUGACAGCGAGGAGGAGGAGGAAGAAGAAUCGGAGAAGAAACCUGCCCCCGAGAGCGAGACUGAUUUAUUAUCUCAGGCGGAGAAAGAGUCCCUGCUUCGUAAUGACCUUCGACCGGCCACCAAGCCAUUUAAAGGAAACAAGCUCUUUAUGAGGUUCGCCACACAGGAUGAUAAGAAAGAAUUGGGAGCAGCCAGAAGAAGCCAGUAUUACAUGAAGUAUGGAAACCCCAACUACGGGGGCAUGAAAGGGAUCCUCAGCAACUCCUGGAAGCGGAGGUUCCAUACCCGGCGUAUUCAACGGGACGUCCUGAAGACGAAAAAGAGCAUCAUCGGGGACGAUGUGGGGCUAACACCCCCUUACAAACACCGUCACUCAGACCUGGUGAACGUUCCCGAGGAGCCGAUCGAGGAGGAGGAAGAGGAGGAGGAGGACAUGGAUGAAGAUGAGCGGGUGGUGGAGUACCGGGAGGAGCGGGAGAGGGAGAGGGGGGCUCGCAGCACCACGGCCCCCCUGCGCAGGCCCAGCCCCCCUGACUCGGGCUCCGACUCGGACGAGAUGGAUUACGACCUGGAGCUCAAGAUGAUUUCUACCCCCUCUCCCAAGAAGAGCAUGAAGAUGACCAUGUACGCAGACGAGGUGGAGUCCAAGCUCAAGACCAUACGAAACUCCAUGCGGUCCGACACUGUGGUCAGCAGCAACGUCAAGAACAGAAUUGGAACUGGAAGCAAAACCUCCUCGGAGACGGUCACUGACGUCCGGCUCCUGUUGGAGGAGAAACGGCAGAAUUCGACACAGCAGCACCCGUCGUCCAGCACAACCAAAACAGAUGUACGGCAGCGGCUGGGCAAGAGGCCGCACUCCCCCGACAGCCGGGCCGGUAAAGUGACCGUCAUCAACCCGGCCCCUGUCCCCCGCAGGGAGCCCCUCAGCGACGUGCACAGCCGGCUCGGGACCCCCAGACAGGACCCCCGGGGGCUCUACUCCGAAAACAGCAAAGACAAGAAGCCAGCUGGGAACCUGUGGAGCCGCCUGGGCUCUUCUUCCUCCUCCAGGUCCCUGAGAAAGGAGAAGCUGUCCCCGAGGAAGGCAGUGGCUGCGAGGGGGAGCUCGGGCUCGGAGAAGGAGGAGGACGACUCGGAGCUGCAGAGGGUGUGGGGCAACCUGAUCAAGGAGAAGAAGGAGAAGGAAAAGGAGCAGUCCCUGAAGAAGAGCCGGCUGGACAACCUGCCCUCUCUGCAGAUCGAGAUCAGCCGGGAUAGCAGCAAUGGCUCUGACGGCGAGUCCUGAGGGAGGGAGGGA